GCCGCAUCCCCGCGUGCUCCUCGCCCCCGCGCCGCUCCCGUCCCAGUUCCGGUGCCCGCAGCCGGCAGAGUCCCGGCGAGGUCUGGCAGGUCCAGCCCGCGCACAGCUCGGUCCAGUCCGGCAGCGGCAGCGGCUGGAGCAGAGCGGAGAUGCAGCGGCUCGUAGGCACCCUGCUGUGCCUGCUGCUGGCGGCGGCGGUCCCCACGGCCCCCGCGCCGGCUCCCACAGCGACCGCGGCGCCCGUUGAGCCCGCCCCGGCUCUCAGCUACCCGCAGGAGGAGGCCACCCUCAACGAGAUGUUCCGCGAGGUUGAGGAGCUGAUGGAGGACACGCAGCACAAACUGCGCAGCGCGGUGGAGGAGAUGGAAGCAGAAGAAGCUGCAGCUAAAACAUCUGAAGUGAACGUGGCAAGCUUGCCUUCCAGCUAUCACAAUGAGACCAACACGGAAACCAAGGUGGGAAAUAAUACCAUCCACGUGCACCGAGAAAUUCACAAGGUAACCAACAACCAGACUGGACAAACAGUCUUCUCGGAGACAGUCAUCACGUCUAUGGGAGAUGAAGAAAGCAAAAGGAGCCACGAGUGCAUCAUUGACGAGGACUGCGGGCCCACCAGGUACUGCCAGUUCGCCAGCUUCGAGUACACCUGCCAGCCCUGCCGGGACCCGCAGACACUCUGUACUCGGGACAGUGAGUGCUGUGGAGACCAGCUGUGCGUCUGGGGUCACUGCACCAAAACAGCCACCAAAGGGGGCAAUGGGACCAUCUGUGACAAUCAGAGGGACUGCCAGCCCGGACUAUGCUGUGCCUUCCAGAGAGGUCUGCUGUUUCCUGUGUGCACACCCCUGCCUGUGGAGGGUGAGCUGUGCCAUGACCCCGCCAGCCGGCUUCUGGACCUCAUCACCUGGGAGUUAGAGCCUGAUGGAGCUUUGGACCGAUGCCCGUGUGCCAGCGGCCUUCUCUGCCAGCCCCACAGCCAUAGCCUGGUGUACGUGUGCCAGCCGGCCUUCCCAGGGAGCCAUGCCGACGCCGGAGACAGCCUGGUGCCCAGAGAGGCCCCCGACGAGUACCAGGACGGCAGCUUCAUUGAAGAGGUGCGCCAGGAGCUGGAGAACCUGGAAAGGAGCCUGUCCGUGGAGAUGGCGCUUGGGGAGCCUGGGGCUGCCUCUGAGCUGCUGGAAGGAGAGGAGAUUUAGACGGAGGCCUGCUCUGUGCGCGGUAGACAUGCGAUAGAAAUAGCUAAUUUAUUUCCCCAGCUGUGUCCUCUAGGUGUGGGCUUACUGGGCUUUUUUCCAUGGCCUCUUCCCAGUACAUUUUCCCUCUGGCUUAAAACGAGGAGCUGUGCGUUUGUCCAGCUCCCUGGACUGUGCGCCGUCCAUCACAGUCCCGGUGCCUGGGGACCACGGGGGUGUGUGGGAGGGUGGGGAGCUGCUACACUGGUCCAGAGUAUGGGCCACUCGGCCUCUGCUGGCUGGCACCUGGCACAUUUCCUUUUUUUCUACAUCACCUUGAGAAUUGGAGGAGGGGAGAGGACGGAAAAGGAUGCUGAUGUCCCCGUGAUGGGUUUUGGGGAAAUGUGGACUCUCUUACAUGUGGAGGAGAGUGCCCUGCUUUGCCAACAUAAACCUGGCGAAAUGUAACAAAGGAAUUUUCCAUGUAUUUCUUCCCAUGGGCACAGGCAAGCUGUGCCUUCCACGGCUGCGGGUGACGUUUUCUGCUCACUCCGUGUCACGUGCGUCCCUGUCCUGUCAGCAGUAUUCCUCGGCACCUGCCUGUGCGAGGGUAGCAGUUUCAGACCCUUCACCAUAGUCUGGCAGGGAGGGUGGCAGUCUCCCCAUUUGUCAGCAUCUUGGCGUCUCAGGGGCAUCAGGUUGCUUGCCCGAGUCACACAGCUAGUGGAGACCAGAGCAUGACUGCUCCCAGGUGUGGGUCCAUGUGCAUGCUUUCCCUGUCCCUCCUUGCCAGCCCAAUGCCACCUAAAGUACCCUCUAAAAGGAUGAUGGAUGGGAAUUUUUCUUUUGAGGCAUAUCUGGAAUUAAGGUCAAUCUAGUUCACUGUUAAGAUUAAACUUGUACUGUUAGACAUAGCAUUCUCCCUGGUGUGGGGGUGGGCAUUAAUUCCAGCGGAGAAACGAAUGGUAUUGACAUUGUCCCCCUAUGGCAGUUAUGUUAGUGACUUGGAAAGUACAUGAUUGGUGCAGAAUAUAUAUGUUAACUUGCCAGAAACAGUACUUAAGUAAUGGUAGGGCCAGGAUUAUAAAUGAAAUUUGCAAAAUCACUUACCAGCAACUGAAGACCGUUAUCAACCACAUGGAGAGAAUCGAACAAAGCAAGGCUCUAUGAAAUAUGGUUGUAAUAUCCAAGCUGAGAGAGCACUGGACUGUAUGCUAUUCUGUAAAUGAUAUUUUCAGGUGCCAUGGACUGUUUCCAUCAUGUAUUCAUCCAGAGUUAUUAAAUUUUAAAAUUGCACACGAUUGUAUAAGCAUGCUUUGAAUUUUAAAUUAUGUAUAAACACCUAUGUUGCAUUUAAAAAAUCAAGCAUAAAUCACUUAAACUAC